AAACAAAGCUAAGAAUCAGAACCCUAGUGCUGGUGGCUGCAACACAGAGUGAAGUGCUAUCCUGAAAUGGGUUGGAAAGCAGCUGAGAAACUCAUUAGGCGUUGGAAAAUUCUCAGAGGGGAUAAUGUUAUGAUAAUAAGGGGCAAAGAUAAGGGCGAGAGUGGAACUAUUAAGCGUGUCAUUCGCACACAGAAUCGUGUCCUUGUUGAGGGUAAAAAUCUGGUGAAGAAGCAUAUCAAGCAAGGGCAAGGCCACGAAGGGGGCAUAUUUACUGUUGAAGCCCCAAUUCAUGUCUCCAAUGUGCAAGUUCUUGACCCAGUAACAGGGAAGCCUUGUAAGGUUGGUAUUAAAUAUCUCGAAGAUGGUACUAAAGUCAGAGUAUCGAGAGGAAUAGGAGCAUCAGAGUCCAUAAUCCCUCGUCCUGAAAUCUUAAAGAUAAGAACUACACCCAGACCUACAGUCCUUGGUCCCAAAGAUACUCCAAUGGAUCAAGUGUUAGAGAAGACUUAUGAUGCUAAAGCAGGAAGGGGCGUGCCUGAGCUUUAAGGAGAUUAGGUAUCUUAUUUCAAAUUUGUAAUUGCUAUUAAUGGUCAUGAUGAACAAGAUAUGAUGGUAUGAGUUUGUCAUUUGCAUUGUUUAUCAUGAUUCUAUUAAAUUGCCUGUAGGUUUUCUUGUUUAAUGUGAUCAUAUCUGGGAGUUAUGAAUCACUGGUAACUUUUUUUUUUUUUUUUUUGCCUAAUUUAGACCUAAACAAUAGCUAUUAAAAAAUAAAUAGCAUUUUAGUUGUUCUGUUGAUGUUAGCUCCCGUUAAUGAUGGUCAUGUGAUUCAUUUCACUCUGUAAACAUAUAAAUUGUUGAAAAAACUGUUUGAUUGUUACGGUUCUGGUGAUUUAGUUAAUUGGGUUUGUGCAUUUGUGUUUGAUUUGAGCUAGAUUCCGUCCUGCUCCCCCAUUCCCCCCAAAAGGCCAAUAUUGUAAUGUCACAUUCUUAUGGUGGAAUUCUUUCAGCCAGUUUCAUCAAACCUUAAAUAUAUAAAGUCACGUUGCAUGAAAGUGGUCAAAUACUCAAAUUUUCUUUAUCUUGAUGUUAUGGCAAGCCUGCAAGGAUAGCUAACUCAAAAGACUAACUUGUGGGUAACUUGUUCAGUUUGGUAUUUGAUGGACUUAGAAUAGGUAAUUGGAGCAUGCUCCCUGAUCAGUCAAGGUGCAUGGAAUUUUUGGCCUGCUGCUGCAAGUACUCUUGCUUUUUUAACAGUUUUACUAUAUUUACUAUUAUUUUCUCCAAAAUACUCUUUAUUACCUUAACGUAGGAAAAACUUCAUUAUGGAAAGACAACAGCAUUGAACUCCCUAUACCAAAAAGUUCAAAAGAAGAGUACUGAAGAGUUGGAGUGGUGGUAGUUGAGACUGUUUAUGAGUGAGCACUGGGUUGAGGUUAGCAGUGGCUACAAGUGAUGGUUUUCCUAAUCUAUUGAAAUGCUGAAGGAUUUUUCAUGGGCAGGAUUGACAGCAGUCUAUUUUAAUAUGUAGCGUUGUCAAGCAAAGUCAGAAUUCAAAUCAAAGGAUUUGUUUCUUUGGAUUAGUACAUUUUGUUGAAGGGGUCCUCUUAAGUUAGGGACAUCAAUUAACUAACCUUGUUUCUGCAUGGAUGAAUAUGAAAGAGUAGGCCUGUAAAUGUCUGUUAUUCUCUCUUUUGAAUCAGAUUCUAGCCCUUUGAGCUCCCUUCAAGAAAUGAUUCAAAUCUUUGAGGAUUAGGAACAUUUAGGUAACUUUUCCCCAGUUAGCAGUGUAGGAUUGGGAAUACCUAGCUUAUAACGAGGUGGCCAGAAUUGCUAACUUCAAGAAUGGCAAGCUUAAUACUCGAGUACCUAAUAAAAUAUGAUCCCUUUGCCCAGUUAUAAACAAUCUCUAAUUUUUUUUUCUUGUCAUCCAUGUUAUUUAAAACUUUGAAGAACACUAAUCGCUAUAUUCAGUAGCUUUCUAAUGGACAGUAAAACGUCAAGUGAUUGGAGGAACUAUUAUCAUGAUACCCAAAAUGAUUGGACAUGUCUUAGCAUCAUUUUCGUGAGAUAAGAUUUCCUUAAAUUGGGUAUCAUGAUAUUUUUGUUAUUUUAAAAUAAUUCAGCGGCAAAAUAUACCUUUAAUUUAUAAUGGUUUCACUAUAAUUCUCAUUGUUACAAAUUAUUGGCCACUAUUCAUCCGUUUCGAAAUUUCCUUCUACAUUUUGUUACUAAUACUAACAAUACCUCUCUGACUGUCUUGGAUUAUCAGAUUUGUACAUUACCACCACUAUACUCUUUCCCAAUCUCGGUAAAAUUAAUCAUCCCAGUCAAUUCAGUUAUAACUAGAACAACUUUUUUAAAUAAAAAAUGUAUUCUUUUUCCCUUACCACCUUUGUAAUUUUACCCUUUUCUUCCUUACCCAUGCAGCAAUACAGGUCAGUGCUAUUGAAAUCCAUGCACCACCAGAUAUAGGCUUUCGAUGUAGCAUUGGCUAUUAGAAUACCGAGUGUGGUUAAACAAAUGUAUGUAUGCAAAUCUCUUAGGCCAACAGUGGCAGUUACACUUGAUUUGGAGAAAGAAAAUCUUGGUUGGCGACGAAAUGUACCCAUGCUUUCGAAAAUAAUCAAACUCCUUUGUGCAUCGAAUUUAAAGGCCUGAUUGGUUUCACAUUAGAACCUCCGUUUUGUCUAAAUCGAAAUUUUCUUGCUUUGUAAAAACUCUUUUAACCUUGCUUCAUAAAUGGGAAUUUGUCUCAUUAAUUCCGUUUCAUGCGAAAGGCAAACAAGCACUAAAUUACUGCUAUCGAAAUCAAAUUAUUAAUUUUUUUUUUAUUGAAUUGGGAUGAGUGAAACCUAGUUACAAGCAUGGCAAAGGUCAAUAUCACAACACCGGUAUUUUUUAUUUUAUUUUUUAUCAGCCAACCACUGGAAUAUUGAGUUGGCUACAUUUUACCAUUGUUGAAUGCGGGAGAGGAAUGAAAUUCAUUUGCGGCAAUGUGUUUAUAAUUAAUUAUUGUUAUAAUUAAUUGUAGAAUCAAUUUCCACGUUUGAAUAAAUUAAGUAAAAGUUUACUCAAAGGUGAUUUCUUUGUGUUUGGAUUGUCUAAAAAAUUAUGUUUAUAGGGUAUGGAUUUUUCACACAAGUCAUUGCACACAAGAGUCUCACCUUUGCUCUCCUCUGCAUCAAGCGUCAAUCCAAAAUCAGUCACUUAGUAACCUAAACCUCAACAAAGAAAAGGGUGAUAACAAAUUGGUAAACCCCAACAAAAAAUUGAAAAGGUAAUGAAGAUAACAUGGUUCAUAAAAUAAUGAAGCAACAAAGACCACAUGGAUGGCACACUUGACUGACGGUGAGGCUGAGAGAUGAAGCAGGUAGUGGCAGUGGCAAACCAUCAACUUGUGUUGGAGACUUGGGACUCUCACUAAGCCACAUAAGGUUGCCAGACUAAUGCAGACCACAAUAAUUUGGGUUUAGUCCAAUCUCAACACUUUGCGGCCAGGGACCUAGCUCACUUCCCAGUAUUUUUUUUAAAUAUCUAUUUUAAUAUUUAUUAAAGAUUAAAAGAUUGUAAAAUUAUUUUUUAUUUUUCACUCUUGAAUUCCUUUUAUAAAUUAUUCAAAAUUAUAAAAAAAUUAAGUUACAUCAUUCAUAAUUAAUGAUCUACAAUGCUAUAAAAACAAUAAUUAUAUAGAGCAUAACAUGCACAAUAAUAAUAAUUAUACUAAUAAUUUUUAAAAUUACCAAAUCAACGACAAUAUGCAUGUGGUGCAAGAAAAGUAUUCACACACACGUUAACAAUUCACAUUGAUGUCUUGAAAAAGUUCUAAAAUUAGAAUUUUGCAACAAAAAAUGCACUAAAAUAAGAUAACAUAUUAAAAAGUAAAGAAAAUUUCUAUUAGAUCGACAAACAACAUAUA